UGUACACUAGUACUAUUUCGUGAUUGAAAAACGGCGCUAAUAAAAAAUGAACUGUAAAAAUAUGAUAUGAACAUACUGUAUGUAAUUAAUGGUGCAGUGUAAAAACAACUAUGCACUUGUACGAGUUUUUAUAACUAUUACAGCAACUGCCAUGGUGCAGAGACGAAGAAUCCAUAAUUACAGUAUGGUGUUCCAGACGUUCAUGAUUGCAUCUUUUCAUUCUCUUGCUAAGUUUUGCAGUUUCGGUGCAUCAGUCCAUCAGCAAACUUGCAUUUGCUGCUAAUCCUGUUGUUGUUGGUGAGGUAAAUUUUGUAUUUGGAGACUUAUUCCAGAAUGUCUUCUUUUGCCACAAAAUCCCUAACAACUGCAGCUACUGCAUUCGCAGCUUAUUCCUUGGUGAGUCGAAUGCAAAAGAAGAAGAUUCUGAAUGCAGACACCGCGUUCGUCAGGAACUACGAUGUCAGCGAUUUCGCCGUCGCGCGACUCCAUUUGGUGAAUAAUUUCUGGCUUCCCGAUCCGCAUUCACCGCCAAUGGUCGCUGCUCCGGCUCCGCCACCUCCUUUUCCGCACUUACUGGGUCCGAACGUUAUGAAUAACAAUUUGGAUACCAAUGUCAGUCUUGUGGAUGCGACGCCCGUUACAGAUUACAGUGAAGAUGAAAUGGAUUGGGUCGGCAUUGGACCAUCUGCUGUUGGCGCCGUGGGAUCCGUAUUAUUCCAUCAUGGUUACAACAGAAAGCUGUCCCUGCAGGAAGCCGUGCGUCGAUCGCGCGGAUUAUUGCAGCGGCAUAGGGAAGAGAUUGGCGAUCCUGGAAUGGUUGUAGGGGUUAGUAUUGACGGGCGCGUCGUGUGGACGGAGGGACUGGGAUAUGCUGAUUUCGAGAAUCGAGUGCCGUGCCAUGCGCAAACUGUCAUGCGGAUUGCCAGCAUAGGCAAGGCCGUAUCUAUGACUAUUAUUGCAAAAUUGUGGGAAGAAGGGAAGCUGGAUUUAGAUAAACCGAUCCAGGAAUAUGUGCCUGAUUUUCCUUUCAAAGAGUUUAAUGGAAAACCGGUCACCAUUACCUGUCGACAACUGGUUUCACAUCUCGGCGGCAUACGGCAUUAUUCGAAGAUCAAAAAGCCUGAUGCAACAACAGACGACACGGCUUCGUUAUUGAAAAACGAAAAGGAUAUUCCAGUGAAACAGCCUGUACUUGCUAGAUACAACGAAUUUGAAGAAAAGGAAUACUACAUUAAAGAGCACUAUAAGACCAUAAACGAGUCCUUGAACAUUUUUAAAGAUGACCCUUUAUUAAACGAACCGGGUGAGGAGUACCUGUAUACAACUCACGGUUGGACAUUAUUGUGUGCCGUGAUAGAAGCGGUUACUAAACGGAAGAUAACGGAUUGCCUGAAGGAUCUCUUCCGGGAUCUGGACAUGCAGAAUACAUAUUUGGAUGAGCACGAACCAAUUGUCUAUUAUCGAUCUCGAAACUAUCGGAGAGACAAAAGUGGCCGAUUGCAGAACGCUCCAUACGUCGACAACUCUUACAAAUGGGCUGGUGGAGGCUUACUCUCCACUGUGACAGAUCUUCUGAAAUUUGCUCAUGUUUUGAUUUAUUCUUUCCAAUGGAAGGAAGGUCUUCCGGUGGGAUAUCUGAAACCAGCGACUCUGCAGAAUAUGUGGACGCUGGUUGAUAAAACGAAAAAGAACCAAUAUGCUGAAGGUGGUUACGGAAUGGGGUGGUGUGUAGUACCGGAAAAGCGAUUCGGUGCAUGGUGCUUCCGCCAGCCACACGUGGCCUACCACACCGGCGGAGCUAUUGGAGCCAGUUCGGUACUGACAAUUAUCCCACGAGAAAGGAAGGAUGAGGAAGGUCAUGAAGCACCGCCGCGUGGAAUAGCCGUAACCCUUAUCGCUAACCUGGAACGAGCGGCAUUGUAUAGGAAAUCCGUCGAGGUUGCUCAAUUAUUUGACCAAGUCGAUGUAUCUUCGCUAUGAUUCAAGCGGCUUUAGUGUCUUAAAGAUUUUAAAAGAAUAUUUCUUAAUUCAUGCACAGUUGAGCAAAGGAUUUAAUAAUUGACAUGUACAAUGCUUUUUUAGUUUUAAUUCAUCAGAAAGCGUGCAAAUGCAGUUUCCUGUACAGCAGUAUUCUCGCCUAAAAGGAUGCGCAGCUGUAAUGAUCUUUCUGUUGUAUUAAAGAUGACACUUCGUAGUUUAUUUAACUCCAGAAUGAAGAA